CGCAAAACGCCGUCGACUUUGACUGCAGACGAGCGCGCAAGCUGUGUUUGCUCCAUCUAUCAUAUCCAUGGCAUGCAUGGAGAUGGAGUGCACUGCACCGCACGGCACACGUACGUCAGUCAACAGCCCGCCCCUCUUCCUCCCGGCCCCUCCCCUCCCCUCCCGCCCGCGUCCAUACCAACCGAUCGAGAUAUCACCAAUAGUAAACCCUAGCUAGCCAAUUCAUACUAGCAUCAGCUAGCCGAGCAACUAGCUCGAUCUCCCGCGCUUACCAGUUCAUCACCACCUACCUACACCUGUUAGCUCGAUCGAUCGCCGGCCGCCAUGGGCAACGGCUGUCUCCUGGUGCCGUGCUUCUGCGCGCCGUUGUGGGGCGGGGAGGCGCGGCUGGUGCUGUGGGGCGGCGAGGCGCGGACGGCAAGGCACGGGAAGCUGGCGGGGCAGGUCAUGCUGGACUUCGCGGGUAGCGUGGUGUGCCGCGCCGACGGGUUCUACCUGGGCCGCCCAGCGCCGGUGCUGGCCAUCGAGGACAGGCUCGUCGCCGGCAAGACCUACCUCGUGCUCCCCGUCGACCGCCUCCCGCAGGGCUACGACGCGCUCACAGCGGCCUCCCUAGCCGCGCUGUCCUACGACAGGGGCCAAGCGGCGGGGGCGUCCAUCGCCGGGGGACCCAAGAGCCCGUUCGAGUACGUCAAGGGCGACGACGGGCGGACGGUGAUAAAGGUCACGCCGGAGUUCAUCGUUGGGGCCAUCACUGCCAAGGCAGGAUGCGGCGGCAGAGAGAUGGGGGGCGGCGAAGAGGGGGCCGGUGAGGCGUGCGGGGCGCUUUGCAGCACGCCGGAGCUGAGGAAGCACUACGAGCAGCUGGUGGGCGCGGCGAGGAGCCGGGCGUGGUCGCCGCGGCUGGACACGAUCAAGGAGCACAAGGGGAGGAGGGGCUUGGCGUUUGCGGUGGCGUCGGUCAGCCCCGGGAGGCUCUCGCCGGUGGCCGUCAGGCUCCUGGGGCUCGACGCCAAAGGAGAAAGAUAGUAGGGAACCAUGCAUGCAUCUACAUCUACUAGCCAAGUUCCACGCUUAAUAAUUAGGCGCUUGAUAAUUGUUUGUGUAAAUCAAUCUUUUGUUUUGUCGGAGUAAAUUGUAUAGAUCUUCUGUUAAAAAAGAAAAAAGAAAUCGUAUAGAUCUCGAUCGAUCACAAUCUUAUUAA